AUGCUUUUUGGCUGGAUGGCGGGUGUGCAUGUUAUUUUCUGGCGGAAAGUAAUCUUUGCUCUUGCAGGCUUUAGGUUUGUUGGUGCCAAGAGAAAGGUGUGUCUGUCUGUGCUACAAAUAUACCCUUUUGCCUUUUUUUUUUUGCUUUUUUUUUUCUUUUUCUUCGGAUAG